AUGUGCUAUAACGCAUACCCCCUAUACCCUAUAAGUCAUGUGAUCGCUACAAAUUCUAGUAUAACUGAAGGUGUAGAGGAGAGAAGUAGUAAUAAGGAGUUGUGUAAUUUAUUAAGUAAAGUUAUACAAAA